AUGAACCACGUGAAAGUUGCUUCUGUCGCAGCGGCGGUACUGUCCACCGCCUCUACUAUAUACUAUCUGCUUCUGCUGCCGAUGGUAACGAAGGAAAUAGAUUACACUCUCAAGGAGAUGGGUGAACAACUCACCGAAUUCAAGAAACAGUCUGACCAAAUAUGGACCGAACUCAUGAAUCUUGGAAGGAAAAGAGAAAAGAGAACUGCCUCCAGAAUAGCGGCACGUUCGAAGCGGCAGCACUCUUUAACGUGUUGUCGAACUGAGCUGGUGUUGAUUUGUCCUGCUGGGCCGCCAGGACCCCGCGGGAUACCAGGUGAGCCAGGAGAGAAUGGCAAGGAAGGAGAAGACGGCAGAAACGGUAGCGAUGGGAAAAACGGCAAAACUUUCAUGCCCAUAUUUCCAAACUGCAUCAUUUGCGCGUCAAAUGUGCGAGGUCCUCCAGGACCUCCAGGAAUGACAGGACCGAUCGGAAAACGUGGUCCUAUGGGACCACCUGGAAUGGACGACAUCGAAAUAGUAACCGCUGAUGGACAAGAUGGUCCUCGGGGUUCGCCUGGGCCUCCAGGAGAUCCAGGAGAAACUGGUAAGCCGGGAAGAACAGGUUUACCAGGAGAUCCUGGACCCGUUGGAUUGCCAGGACCUCCAGGUUUGCCCGGCAGCAUAGGUUUACGAGGGUUAAUGGGAGAAGAAGGAGAUGCCGGCACUGACAAGACGUAUUGUCCAUGUCCGAGACAAAUUAGGCCAAAAGGAGCUACAGUAAAGAAACAUUCUGUGUAA